GCGCGUUAUCACUCCUCGUGACUUCGAUCCGGGUCGAUCUUUUCCCGCCUCAUCGCUCCGAAGCGUCUCAGCGUCCGAAAGUUGCUCGCGUCAACGUCACGGAGUUCCAUCUCAUCGCCACGAUGACAGACUAUCAGAGCGACGAGAUGUCGGCGAUCACGGCGGAAUUAACGGUGAGGAGGCCGAUCUAUCAACAGGACGAGCUCAAUCACCUGUACAAAUACGUCAAGCCCAAACAGGCACUUUUGCAGAGCAUAUCGUCGAGAUGCAAGAAAAUCAAGCCUCUGACGGUUUUGAAGAAUUCGGUACCCCUUAUCGACUGGUUAUCGAAGUACGAUUGGAAAAACGACAUACUGGGCGACAUCAUCGCUGGAAUUACUGUCGCAGUGAUGCAUAUACCCCAAGGAAUGGCGUAUGCAAUCUUGGGUAACGUGCCGCCAAUAGUCGGCAUCUACAUGGCUUUCUUCCCCGUUCUCGUUUACCUCUUUCUAGGAACGUCCAGGCACAAUUCAAUGGGUACGUUCGCGCUGAUUUGCAUGAUGACCGGAAAAGUGGUCUCGACGUACAGCACUCACGGACAAUCGUCCAGCAACGGAACCGCGGAGAACGAGUCGUUGCUCGCCACCGACAAUCAAUAUACGCCCGUGGAAGUUGCAACCGCGGUCACGUUCACUGUCGCUAUGAUUCAGCUGGGGAUGUACGUGCUGCGGUUGGGCGUCAUCGCGUCUCUGCUUGCGGACAGUCUCGUCAGCGGAUUUACCACAGGGGCGGCCAUCCACGUGUUCACGUCGCAGGUGAAAGAUCUGUUAGGACUUACAGGCCUACCCAGACGAAAGGGACCCUUCAAAUUGAUCCUGACUUACUUGGACGUCAUCAACAAUAUCUAUAACGUCAACUGGGUCGCCAUCUUGCUAUCCUGUGUCACCAUAGUCAUCCUCGUUAUCAACAAUUUCUUGAAGCCAAAGGUUGCGAAACUGAGUCCUUUCCCCGUUCCCAUAGAAAUGAUGGCGGUCAUCAUCGGCACUAUUCUGUCUGUGUACAUGAAUCUCGAAGACGCUUACAAAAUCGUGACCGUCGGUCACAUACCAGUAGGUUUGCCAGUUCCAUCUGUACCACCGAUGUCGUUGAUACCGUACAUUCUAGUCGAUUCCUUCGUGAUCACGAUGGUCUCUUACACGAUAUCCAUGUCCAUGGCGCUGAUUUUCGCGCAAAAACUUGGUUACGAGGUGGACUCGAACCAGGAAUUAAUGGCACAGGGCACAGGUAACCUCGUCGGAUCCUUCUUCUCUUGCAUGCCUUUCACAGCUUCGCUGUCGCGAUCCUUGAUCCAGCAGACUGUCGGUGGACACACUCAGCUGGCCAGCUUGAUAUCUUGCGGGAUUUUAAUCAGCGUGCUGCUGUGGAUCGGCCCGUUCUUCGAGCCUCUACCACGGUGCGUUCUGGCAAGUAUAAUCGUGGUGGCGUUGAAAGGGAUGCUGAUGAAGGUGACGGAGUUCAAAAGGUUCUGGCAACUGGACAAAAUGGACGGUGCCAUCUGGGCGAUGACGUUCACCACCGUGGUCCUGAUGGACGUCGAAUACGGCCUGCUACUGGGGAUCAUCCUCUGCGUGGGCAAACUGGUCCUCUUCUCCGUGCAACCUUACACCUGCACGCUCGCUCUAGUGCCCGGUACCGAGCUUUAUCUGGAUAUCAAGAGAUACAAAAGCGCCGUGGAGCUGGCCGGCAUAAAGAUAUUCCACUAUUCCGGAAGCUUGAACUUCGCCUGUCGGCAGUACUUCCGUGACCAGGUGCACAAAGUCGCCGGUCUGACGCCGAGGAAGGAAUCGAUCGCGGGCUUCAAGCACGACGAACUCAGGGAAAUUAAAAAGUUACAAACCCUGAUACUGGACUUCACCGCAUUGAGUCACAUAGACUUGGCGGGUGCAACAACCGUAAAAAAUUUGAUCAACGAGUACAACGAGGUCGAUAUCGCCGUAUACGUCGCAGGCUGUUGUGGACCUGUGUACGAGAUGAUGAGAAAGUGCGGACUGCCUACAUGCAAGGAAGACCUGUUCGCGAUGUUCCCCACCGUCGCGGACGCGGUGCAUUUUGCAAGAUGCAACAACGAGCCGUCCUCCACGUUGGCGUGGAACUCGAACGUGCACGAGAGCACCUCUAUCGCGCGACUGUGAUCUAGAAUACCAAUCGACACGGACAGGGGGAACGUUCAUUCAUGGCUUCCAAAGAUAAGCUGCUCAAUCAGGGUACCUCGACACGUUGGAUCGAUUUUACGAUAAACGAAGUCCUACAGGAGGAAUAUUUCUAUGUUGUUCUAGGAUUAGGAUAGAGAUUGGACGAAGCUGAUUAAAACGUCUGACCCGGUGCAACUCGUUGUCAGAGUUGGGGAAAGAUUUAUUUGGAAUCAUAGAUGAUCGAUGAAAUCAACGUAUGCAAAUUAUUAUGAUUGCAAUUUAAUGUCUUUUAGCAUUUGAAUAUUUAUUUAAUUAUGUACAGACAAAAUAAAACAUCGUCUACUACAAAUAGUUCAUAAACCUCGUGGACACUAGUGAUCUUAAAUGCUAAGUUUGUAGAUUUUUAGUAAGGUAGCCCUAUACAGGAAAAUUACAUAAAAAAGUAAUGGAAUCGUCGUUUCGUAAACUCAACCAUUUGAUUUUCUUGCUCGAUGUCGAUGCUCUGGCAUGCCCAUAGAUAUUUUAUCACGAUCUCGUUUUGGAUUCAGUGCAUGCAGAAGCACGUGUCUGUCUCGUCAUUAAACAUCACUGUGAAACGCGAAUUUCUAACAUAGUUGUAUGCAAUUGCAUCGCUAGAAACACGAGCGGAUACUCAACACUACAGUCUGAUGUUAUUGUAAAAAUAAACAUUGUUUUCCUGUUGUGAUUAAAUUUUUAAUUCUCAGGUACACCGAACACUGUCAAUUAUGACACUCUAGACUGCGAAAUAACGUCGAAUCGAGUACUAUUCUUUCGUACUUGAAUUAUGCAAGGACCCUUUUAAAAAUACGCGACUGUUUGUAACAAAGCUCAACGAUGUAUUAUUUAUACU